GUUAUAACUCAAAUUUCACAUGAAAUUAGAAAAAAAUUUUCAAAUAUUUGUCUAAAAAAUGUAUUUUUAAUUAUUCUUAUUUUCGUGUUCCGAGGCUUGAUGAUCGUGAGAGGGAUGAAAGUUCGGGUUGGAAUUUUGAAGAGAAAUGCUAAAAUUUUGACUCAAUUGAAACCCACGAAGCCUUCAAACACAAAGAAGAGGGCAGGCCGGAAAUUCUGGGAAGCCCUCCCAAACCCCCCAAAUAGAGGGAUUGUGGUUCACGUUGAAUGGAUUCCGAAUCAGUCGGUCUCUCUCCCUUCUGUCUCUUUGGAAACCCAAACAGAGGAAGGAGAUAACUUCCCCACACUCCCUUUCCCCUUCUACCUCUUUGGAAACCCAAACAUUCUACCUCUUUGGAAACCCAAACAGGAGGAAGGAGAUAACCUCCCCUCACUCGCCCUCCCUUAUCAUCUGUCCCAUCCCUUCCCCUCCCUUUCCGUUCGACACCUCCAAUCCAAACAGUACGUUAGGGUUUACUGGUAAACGGAAAGGAGGGAAGCCCUAAGCGGCUUUAGUUAUUUGUUCCAUACAAACA